GGAAUAGUAGUAUUAAUUAGUUAAAAGAAUUAUCCUGUUCCGCAAUGGCGAGGGUUGUUCGGAAUCUUCUCUUCCGCUCAUCCGCCGUUCCGCCACCGUUCAAAUUCCACGAUCUCCGCCUCCCGGGCAGCUUUAGUUUCUCCACUUCUGCUUCAAUUCGCAGUAAAGCUCGCAAAAACAAAGGCAAAAACUUGGAGAAGAGCAGCAAUAUUAGUGUAAUUAACCAAAGCAAGCUUUCACAAGUGAAGCGACGGACUCGGUCGGAGAAAGAGCUGGAUGAGGAGACGUUCCUGAAGAACUAUGGAAAUGAUAAUUCUGCACAUGUCCCUGUCUUGCUCGGUGAAGUUUUGGAUGUUUUCACCUCCGUUACUCUCCGCUCCUUCCUUGAUUGUACUCUCGGUGCCGCCGGCCAUUCCUCUGCGAUAAUUCGAGCUCAUCCCGAAAUGCAAGUAUAUGUUGGGCUUGAUGUUGAUCCCAUCGCGCAUCAGAAGGCUCAAUCUCAGCUGAAGAGUGUUAUAGAUAGGGACUCUUUUGAUACAGCGUCUGCCUUGAAAGUGUAUACCUUUUUGAAAAAUUUCAAGGACGUCAAGUCUGUGCUUGGUGAAGUUGCAGAUGACUUAUUGACUGGUGGAGUUAAUGGGAUCUUGAUGGACUUGGGUAUGUCAUCUAUGCAGGUAAAUGAUGCUGGAAGAGGUUUUAGCGUGCUGAAGAAUGGACCUCUUGACAUGAGAAUGAAUCCAAAGGCAACUCUAAAAGCUGAAGACAUAUUGAAUUCUUGGCCAGCUGAUGAAGUAGGGCGAGUUCUGCGAGAAUAUGGAGAAGAAAGCAAUUGGUACUCUCUUCAAAACAGAAUUGUUAAGGCUCGUCUACAUGGAGGGUUACAUUCUACCAAUGAGCUGGUAGACCUUAUUCAGAAUUCAACUUCUAGGAUGAAAGGAAGGCAGGGUUGGAUUAAGACGGCUACAAGAGUUUUUCAGGCAUUGCGGAUAGCUGUUAAUGAUGAACUCAUAACUUUGGAGGAUUCCAUCCGUGCUUGCUUUGAGUCUCUCACUUCUGGUGGAAGGCUUGCCAUAAUUUCAUUCCACAGUUUGGAGGACAGAAUAGUAAAGCAGGCAUUUCUCAAUAUUAUGAACUGCAGUGAAGUUGAUGGAGGUGGGGUUGAAGAUGAAGAAGGGAAGCGCUUACGUGAGCUGAGGAAAAUUAAUCUGGAUACUGUUAAAGAAGAAGUAUGGAUUAAACAGGUAAUACAAGGGCAAAAUGGAACUAUCCUUACAAAAAGACCCAUAACACCAUCUGAAAAGGAGGAAACACUGAAUCCUCGAAGUCGGAGUGCUAAACUUAGAGUGAUUCAGAAAGCCUGAAGAAAGGUGGAUUCAUAGACGUAUUGGACCUUGAGGAGAUAUUUCACUCUCGAAGAUGAGGAGCUUUACCAAUUGUUCAACAUUUAAAGUAAGUAAUCACAACUUUUUCUUGAUCGUCCUUCAGCUUUAUUCGUCGUGAAAAGUUUCCUCACAAGCAAUUAAGCCUUAUGAAGCUCUAGCUCCUCUGAACUUGUCAUACAUUGUUCGAUCAAGGAAAUGGUGGCCCUGUAUUUACAACUAAAAAGAUUGUAGUCCUUAUCGUCAACCAAGGUCUAAGACUAUGGAAUCAAAGCUUAAAGGUUCAAGCCUGCACCUUGAUAUGCUGCAUUCCAGAAACACCAAUCCGUAGGUUACUGGUGAUUAUCGACGUGCAUACUAAUUGAAUAGGAAAUUUAUGAUCGAGGAAAGUUUCUACCCGAUGCAAGGAAGGAACUUCACUGUCAUUCCAAGCUCUUAGAUAUGUUUGAUUUUGAGUAGUUCAGAUUAUCCCGAAGGUUUGAACAUUUGAAAUCAGCGUUCUGGAUAUGUGAUUUCAUAGCAUGAGGUUUUGAUCUAUGCUUUACUUGAAUACACUUGAACAGGUACCUCAUUGAGAGCUUUGUAUUUUUACGAAUUUUCACUAUUGGCAUAUGGUUUCAUUUUUGGACUACAUUUCUC